AUGGCGGCACCAACGACGGCCGCAGAGCUGGAAGCCGAAAUCGAGGCCACUAGGCGGCAGGUGGAGGCAGAGAAAACCAGGCGGCGCGAACUCGAGGCUGAGACGGCCCAGGCGGCGAAGCGGCAGAAGCUGCGCGUGGAGCUGGAGAAGGCGAGACUGAGGCUAGCAGCCGAGCAGGCAGAAAAUGCGCGUGAGGCUGAGCGUCGUCGAUCCUUUGACACGGACAGGCUUCCGUUUUGGAUGUAUUCUGUUGUUGGAGCGCCCACACACCGCGUGAUGCGAGCAAGCAGCGGACAGAGCACUGAUUGCGCGUUCGAUGUCGCCAGGGGCGAGUUUGUCUGGAGGAUCACAGGCUUCUCUUGGUUGAAGGGCAUGUUGGAACAGGACAAUGAGGACAGAGUCGUCCGCUCCCUGCCGUUUCCACUUGGUGACGAGAAGUUCGUAUUUCACUACAACCCGUGGGCCCUCGAGCAUCAGCGGGUGCAUGGGUCGCUGGCCAUAGUGCUGCAGACGGAGGAACGCAUCACGCUUCGGUAUCGCAUCUACGUCAAGGCACGGAGCGGUGAGUUCGUGCAGUGGGGCGAGACGCGAGAUGUCGUCCACCAGGGGGACGAUGAAGAGUGGGGUGCAUAUGGCCCGGAUGCGCAUUUGCCAGAUCAUCCUGCUUCUUCUCUGGGCAUCUUCGGGCUGAGCCAUGAGGAGCUGCUGCAGUCGGAGUGGGUGCAGAACGACACUCUCACUGUGAAGUUCGAGCUGGAAGUUCGUCCUGACAUAUAUGCAAACAAGAAAAUGUUCAGCCUUGCAGCGGAGAUUCCGGAGUCGACGAUCGUCCGUGACACGCAGGCGCUCUUCGAGGAAGGCACGUGCAGUGACGUGCGGUUCAUGGUGGAAGGGGAGGAGAUUGAGGCGCACUCACAGAUUCUAAGUGCACGGUCCGAGGUGUUCAGGAAGCAGCUGACGGCAGGCAUGCAAGAGAGCAUCUCGAAAGUCAUCAAGAUCGAGGACUGCGAUGUCCCUACCUUCCAGGCCUUUCUCCAGUUUCUCUACACCGAUCGGUUGCCGGACGUCCAGGAUCUCCUUCCGAAGGGUACCUCAAGCGAGUCCGGGAACGCAAGCACCAGUCCACAGUUGUCGCAGAUCCAGGCGCUUAUGGCUGUCAGCCACAAGUAUCAAGUGAAAAGACUGCAGAUUUGGUGUGAGGUCAAGCUUUCCGAGCAAAUCGACACCCCGCACGUUUGUGGCAUGUUACGCCAAGCGCACCUCCUCCAGGCGAAGCAGCUGGAACAAGCAUGCCUGGGCUUCAUCCGAGAGCGUGCAGCUCAGGUGCUCACUCUGCCGACCUACAUAGAGAUGGUCAAGAAGUGGCCUCAGAUCGGGGUGAAGGUCAGCCUCUUCUCGGCCGGCGUUGCGGAAAACGCUGCACUGGCCGCGAUCGAUGCCAUGGAAACGCCCCAAGGGCAGCAAUCGGAGCAGGAGCUGCGCGCCGCGAUCGAGGCAGCCAGGCGGCAGACGGAGGCGGAGGAGGCGCGGGGGGCGGAGAUCACGGUGGAGAUUGCCCACGCCGAUGAGCGGUGGAGGCUGCGCAGAGAGCUGGAACAGAUGAGAGGCAGGCUGGAGCAGCAGCAGACAGCAAACGAGUCCCAAGAGAGGCAUCGGCGCUCCGUUGAUGAGGACCGUGGGCGUCCGUAUGUUGAAUAUCCGCCCAGGAAGCCACACAUCAUGAAAGCAAGAGGCGGAACAAGCAUUAACUGCGUGGAUACGGUCGUCAGGGGCGAGCAUGUCUGGAGAAUCGAGGGCUUUUCAUGGUUGAGGGGCAUGCUGAAGCAGCGACAGCAGCGUUUUGUCUGCUCCCUGCCCUUUGAUCUUGGCGACGAGAUGUUCUACUUCGUCUACAGCCCCUGGGAACAAGAUUUGUGCAGGCAGCAGCAUCAGCACGGGUCGCUUGCCAUACUGUUGAGCACGGAGGAAUGUCUGGCCAUUCGAUAUAGCAUCUACGUCAAGGCGUGGAACGGGGAGUUUGUGCAGUGGGGUGAGACAUGCGACGUGGUCCACUUCGGCAGCAGUAUCAAGAUUCGCGCCUACGGCCCCGAUGUGCAUGUGGAGGGCCAUCCUCCCUCUUCCUUGGGCGUCUUCGGGCUGAGCCAUGAGGAGCUGCUGCAAUCCGAGUGGGUCGACAACGACACCCUCGUGGUGAAGUUCGAGCUUGAAGUCCGCCCUGACGGAGGCGGCACGUCGCAGCCCUUAAGCCUUGUCGCUGAGGCAGAGGUUCCCGAGCCGACCAUCCUCGAGGAUAUGCAGGCGCUCUUGAAGGAAGGCACGUGCAGCGACGUGAGGUUCAUGGUGCAGGGCGAGGAGAUUGAGGCGCAUUCACAGAUUCUCUGUGCGCGGUCCGAGGUGCUCAGCAAGCAGCUGACGGCCGGCAUGCAGGAAAGCGUCUCGAAAGUCAUCGUGAUCGAGGACUGCGAGGCCGCCACCUUCAAGGCCUUUCUGCAGUUUCUCUACACCGAUCGGUUGCCGGAUGCCCAGAAAGAGCAGUCUUGGGACGAAGAGAAUGCCAAUGGCAGCCUGCAGUUAUCUUUGGUUCAGGAGCUGCUGAGUGUGAGCCACAAGUAUCAAGUCAAGCGGCUUCAGCUUUGGUGCGAGGCGACACUUGCCGAAGAAGUCAACGUGUCACAGGUGUGCGACAUCCUCUGCCAAGCGCAUCUGCUCCAGGCGAAAAAACUGGAACAGGCGUGUCUGUCCUUCAUCAAAGACAAUCCGAGCCGAGUGCUUACAUUGCCGGCCUAUGUCGAGUUGGCCAAGAAGUGGCCUGAGAUCGGGUUGAAAGUCCACCUCUUCACGGCGGGUGUGUCGGAAACCGAGGACGAAAAGCCGUCGGAGCAGGAGUCGGAGCCAGCAGCCGACUGA